GCAAACAUGUUACAAAUGAGUGUUCUUGAAAGGCAAAGAGCAGUGUUGGAACGUCUUUAUAACCAUUCUAAGCAGCAACUUUCUUCUCUACCUCAACAAGAACUUGCUCACUUGUUUACCGGCUGCGUUCAGGGGAAUUUUAACAACUUUGAUAUAUUUGGUGGGAGAGAACAUAAGGGAUUUGCAGGGUCUAAUUUUGUUAAUUGUCAAGAAAUGUCUCGUCCCUCUUUCUCUACAGUAUCGAAUUCAUCGAUUACAACAGUGUCUCCACCUCCAGAGAAAGAAAAUGAUUUAAGUACAAUGAUAGCUCCAAGGGAAAAUGUUGUUUCAACCAAGAAGAGAAAAGCAGAGUUUUCUGAGGAAGAGGAUUGUGAAAAAAGUCCAGGAAAUGAUUCGAAAGAGAAUUCGAAAACGUCUGAAGUUCAAAAACCUGAUUACAUUCAUGUCAGGGCACGUCGUGGCCAAGCUACUGAUAGCCACAGCUUAGCAGAAAGAGCUAGAAGGGAGAAAAUCAGUAAAAAGAUGAAAUAUUUACAAGAUUUAGUUCCAGGUUGCAACAAAGUGACAGGCAAAGCUGGAAUGCUAGAUGAAAUCAUAAAUUAUGUUCAAUCGCUUCAGAAACAAGUCGAAUUCCUUUCCAUGAAACUUGCUACUCUGAAUCCUAGGCUUGAUUUGAACACGGAUAACAUUUUCGCCAAAGACUUCCCUUCUUACAUGGCCACUACUUUUCCACCAACAGUAGCAAUUCCAACACUUUCAGAAUAUAACAUAAUCCAACACCAGCAAGCCGGUGAUGUCGCACAAAUGUUACCCCAAAGAAGAGAUUUAAUGUCAUUUCCAGACACUUAUCUUGGUUCUUCACCUCUUACGGUAGUACAACAGCAACAACCAACUUUUGAGCCUGAUUUGCAGAGCCUUUUCAGUGUUGGAUUUAACUAGUUUAAAAAGAUUGAUCUACAAAGUUUGAAGUGCAAAACUAGUAUUGAUCUCAUUCCAAUGGCUCCUGUCCUGUACACAAAAUUCGCAUCCUUUCGAGUCAAUUUUUUUUUGAAGUUAGCAACUGUGUUAGAAGGCAAACACCCCUAUCCCUCCCCCUCCAACCCCAUAAAUCACAAUGAAGAGAAAUUCUUUUAUCUUACACAUUUAUAAGGCAUCUUAUAAUUUGUUCAUAUGUAUAGCCAAAGUUGCAUCCAGUCAUCCACUAUUUGACUGAUAUGUAAUAAAAGAUUGAAUUUUCUACUCUUUUUU